AUCGUAUCUCGAUUCCACCCAACAUUGAUCAACAGAAUUCAACCUCGAGGCAUGGUGGAUCCCACUCCACACCUCCGGCAGCUUCUCGCUGCGCGAGAUUUCGCCCCAGACGAUCAAAAUGCGCCAGCCCCGGCGCAUCCAGAUCUGACGCCACCAGCCGAUCGUAUUCAUUCCUCGGUCCAGGACUCAGACACUGAGCCUUCAACCACCACGGUCUGCACAUCGAUACCGCCAACAAUGCCAAUGAUACCGUCCUCCCAGGGCCGUAUGCCCCGGAGCAGUGGUCGUCCGCGAUCUGGCCCAGAUAGCGCCACCGUCUUAUCGGAAGAACGACGAAGUCAGAUCCGACGCGCGCAAAAGACAUACCGUUUGAAAAAGGCGGCCAGUUUACAGGAAACGCAACAGCGAGUCGCACUCUUGGAAACGAAACUGCAGAGUAUCUCCGACUCGCUAUCAGACUAUAGAGCCGCGCUGGUGUCUGAGCUGCAGGACAGCCAUCCACUAGUUACCGGCUUCGAUAAUAUCUUUGAUAUUGCUGGUUGCGAUCGCGACCAAACGGGGACGACAUCCCAAGCGCCAACAGACAAUUGCUCCCUCUCCCGCCAGCUCCAGCGCUACAGCCUUGAAUACGCCUUCCGCCUCUUCACCAACACCCACUCGCCCCCCGUGGAAAUCUACCGCGUCUUCCGCCUCGUCCCGUGCCUCCGCAACCGCUCCAAAAUGUACCCCUACUUCCGACGGCUCGUCUGCGCCGACACCGACAACCCACUCGAAGUACCCACCCUACCGUUCUACUGCAUCGGCGGCGCCGGCACGCACUACCCCGCGCGCGACACCGCCGGUAACCCCAUCUACCCGCCCAAGAUGCGCCUCCCGCGGCGGAUCUUGAGCGUGGGCGUGGGCGUGGACGGUGCACAGAGGCGGCUCGAGGCUUGCGGGCUCGACGGUCGGUGGUUCGAUUGUCGCGAUGUGGAGGGGUUCUUGCGCGAGCGGGGCGUCCAGGUCGAUGGGUCUUUGUUUCCUGUUGUGAGGGAGUCGGAUUCGGCUUCCCCUGGUGGUGGUGAGAGUGCGGACUAUCAACUGCAGAUGUCGCUGGUGGAGUCGUUGGGGGAGAGCGUGGCUCCGUCGAGGCUGGACCUGGAGUCGUUUUUCCAAAGACUCCUCCGCGGAGUGGUCAUUCUUGGUCGCGUGCCUGGAUUCCGGGAAUGUGAUGUGGUGGGGGCGUUUAAGACGUCGGUUAUAUCUAGUUGAUUGGAGUAUGUGUAUAUGUUUGAG